AUGGCGUCUCAAGAAAUUACGCUUGAAAUAAAACCCAGAGGGAAACCAAUUCGAAAGCUCCCCAAAAGCAUCUCAAUCGGCAGGGAUGCAACCGCAGUUAGCCUCUAUGUUUCCAUUUCCCAGCAAGCCCAAUUCUCCAUCCAUCGUUUGAGGAUCACCAAGGCCAGUGAUGGAACGUUGGUCAAGAAUAGCAAGGAUAUCACAAUUGAAUCGACGGGUCUUCGCAACCAGAGCGUGAUAUAUGUUAAAGAUCUUGGGCCCCAGGCAGCAUGGCGUACAGUCUAUUUCAUCGAGUACCUUGGACCUUUAAUCAUGCACCCUCUGCUCCUUUACGUUAUUCGUCCAUACGUUUACCGGAGCCCCAGCCCUCUACCCCCGCCCUCGGAUCUCCAGCGCCUCACUUGUCUCCUGUUAGUCCUGCACUUCGUCAAACGCGAAAUCGAAACCCUGUUCAUUCAUCGAUUCAGCCUGGCCACCAUGCCAGCAAGCUACAUUGUCCGUAACAGUGCACACUACUGGAUUCUUGGUGGAGCCAACCUCGCGUACUGGGUUUUCUCCCCAAGCUCACCCACCGCAAGGUCCGAAGCGAACCCCAUCCUGCUCUACGCUGGUCUCACGCUCUUCACUUUUGGUCAAUUGGCGAACUUCAACGCUCAUCUGACACUUCGCAAUCUCCGAAAGGAGGGUGAUACCACGAGAAGGAUUCCUACUGGGUUUGGCUUUAAUCUUGUCACCUGCCCGAAUUACUUGUUCGAGGUUAUUGCGUGGCUUGGUAUUUACCUUGUCAGUUCAUUGAGCUGGAGUAUACUGCUUUUCAUCGUUGUUGGUUCGGCUACCAUGAUGCGGUGGGCUGGCCAGAAGGAGCGCAGAUACAGACGAGAAUUCGGUGACAAGUACAAGAGAAAGAGAUAUGUCAUGUUCCCAGGCAUUUGGUAG